AGUAGCUUUACGCGUCUGGCUCGCUCACUCCCUCCCUUGGUUUUCAUUGGUAAAACUCAGAUACAAAAAAGCGACACCCAAAACGGUUAUGGCUUAAUUCCAUUUUUCUACAACAACACAACGCAGAGAAGGAGAAAGCACAUCGCUCUUUCCAUGAAAUCGAAACUAGUCAUUUCUGCACUACAGGACAGCAAAGUCUAACUGAAAAAGGUGAGACAGAAGUAAUCCAGACGCUGUGGCAAGAUGGCCAAUAUCUACACCCUACUUGAAAAACACAGACUGGAAAGAUUUUACAAAAAAUUCCUUGAUUUAGGAGUGAAGGACGAGAGGGACUUCCUUGAUGGAAUCUCUGAUGAAGACUUAAACAAUAUUGGGUUGUCUCAAGUGGAGAAGAACCGGUUUAAAACAAUGCUGGAUGUUAUUAAGAGGCUUGGAAAAGGUGAUGGUCCACUCAUGCAUGCAAUGGAUGUCAAAAAGUCACUGGCAGGAUGUAAUCUGUUCUACUCAUUCCCCAAAUGCCCUGAGCCCAGAGAAUUAAGAGACUUGGAUGCUGCACAAAAUACUGUGGAAGAUCUUUUGCUCCGAAUCAGUUAUCAGGAGGAGAUUGGUAAUAGUAUGGGUGUAUGCCUUUUCACUGCCGAGGGAAUGCCACUCACCGACGAUCCCUUUUUCAAUACAUGGUCAUUAAAUGACAGACACAUAGAGAAAUGGAAUCACCUCUAUGCCAUAUUCACACCCAAAGAGAAUCUUCCAACACGGCAACCAACAACUCAGGCAGCCUGGGACAACACUGGGAUGGACACUGUGCGAUGUCACAUUAUGUUGAAGGGUAACUAUGAAAUCAAAGUCGACCUGGAAAGCCAUUCAGUGGUUGAUCUGAAGAAAGGCCUGGCUCAUGCAAGUGGAAUUCCAUCAAAUGUGCUGCAUUCAUGGGAUCUACCAGUGAAUUUGAACCCUUUGAAAGAUAAUGGGAUAAAUGAGGACUCCCUGGUGCAUUUUUUCCUGUCCUCAUUUGGUCAGGAGUCCGAAAGUUGUCCAAGUUUCGAUGUUUUUUUCAUGGCUGAUAUCAAGCCCUCCGUGCAGCAGACACCAAAGGGCAUGAGUGUCUUUUUUUCAACUUUAUACUCCACCAGAAUGGAAAAGCAAGGAGAAGGAUUCAAAAAUGUAGUGGCUUAUAUUCGCAAACUCACUGGAUGUCACCCCCUAGCUCAGAUUUUGCAUCAGGUGAUGUGCAGGAAUGAGGUUGGGACCAACGUACAGAAGAUCGCCCUUGUGGAAGGACUGUACAUCCUUUUCAGGGAGCUAUUACCUAAUCGCUCAUCAAACUCACUGAGUGAUGUGAUCAUUGAAGACUGUGAGGUCUUUGAGUACUCCCCUGAAUGCUGGGGCUACCUGUUGUCUCAAUCUGAGGUACUCUCUCACUUGCGCGCUCGCUAG